UAUUGCUUAAACGGUAUUUAAUAAUUGUGAGCGAAACACUUUAAGGUUUACCAGCGCUUGUUAUUUGUGAUAAUUUUCUGUGAAAAUAAGUGAGCUUUGAAAUAUAUAUAUAUAUAUAUAGGCAAAAAACUUUUUAAAGAAAAUAAGCAAACUAUAUUGAGAAUUACUGCAGAGGAGAACCAAUAUUUUUUAUUGAAAAACUAAUUUCUUUGUGAAAAAGAAGGUUAAGUACCCUUUCCAAAAUGCAAAUCUUCGUGAAGACCUUGACUGGCAAGACCAUCACUCUGGAGGUUGAACCAUCCGAUACUAUUGAAAAUGUUAAAGCUAAGAUUCAAGACAAAGAAGGAAUCCCCCCAGAUCAACAACGUUUAAUCUUUGCCGGUAAACAACUGGAAGACGGACGCACUCUGUCCGAUUACAACAUCCAGAAGGAGUCUACACUUCAUUUGGUUCUUCGUCUACGUGGUGGCAUGCAGAUUUUCGUCAAAACUUUGACGGGAAAAACCAUCACUUUGGAGGUUGAGCCUUCCGAUACCAUUGAGAAUGUCAAAGCUAAAAUUCAAGAUAAGGAAGGAAUCCCCCCAGAUCAACAACGUUUGAUUUUCGCUGGCAAACAGUUGGAGGAUGGACGCACACUGUCCGACUAUAAUAUUCAGAAGGAAUCCACUCUACAUUUAGUUCUACGCUUACGUGGUGGUAUGCAAAUCUUCGUNAAGACCCUCACUGGCAAAACCAUCACCUUGGAAGUUGAGCCAUCUGACACCAUUGAGAAUGUCAAAGCCAAAAUCCAAGAUAAGGAAGGAAUCCCACCAGAUCAACAACGUUUGAUUUUUGCCGGCAAGCAAUUGGAGGAUGGACGUACCUUGUCCGACUACAACAUUCAGAAGGAAUCAACCCUCCACUUAGUCCUUCGCUUGCGUGGUGGUAUGCAAAUCUUCGUUAAGACCCUCACUGGCAAAACCAUCACCUUGGAAGUCGAGCCCUCAGAUACCAUUGAGAAUGUUAAGGCUAAGAUCCAAGAUAAAGAAGGCAUUCCACCAGAUCAACAACGUUUGAUUUUUGCCGGCAAGCAACUUGAGGAUGGACGUACUUUGUCCGACUACAAUAUACAGAAGGAAUCGACACUCCAUUUGGUGCUACGUCUUCGCGGAGGCGCAUUCUAAAUUUAAAUAGAAAAUCGCCAAAUUCAAAAUUCAAGAGUAUUCAAUGUAUCUCGUUAAUUUAACUCUAUUUUGUAAUUUAACGCUUUUUACAUCAGUUCUGAUUAAAAAUUGAAAUAUACCCGUUUUUAUGUUUAAAAGAAAAUAAAUUAUCCGAUGCACUAUUUCAAGAAAA